CAUGUUUGAUAUUUGGAAGCAGUAUUGAUCGGGUGCAGAGAAAAUGGGGCAAAACCCAUCACAACAGGUGCCUCUGAAGGACAGUGACGGGGCUCUCAGCAUCUGUGAGGUGGUCAGUGAAGCUAUGGUCCACGCAGCUCAGAAACUGAAGGAGUAUCUUGGAUUUGAAGCCCCUCUGAGCAAUCUACGCCCAGCUUCAAACACGCUGAAUGAGAUCUUCUUAAUCCACUUCGUCACUUUCUGCCAGGAAAAGGGAGUUGACGGCUGGCUCACCACCACCAAGAUGACCAAGCACCAAGCCUUACUGUUUGGGGCAGACUGGAUUUGGACCUUUUGGGGGGCUGAUAAGCAAAUAAGGCUUCAGCUGGCGGUACAGACUCUGCAGAUGUCUUCUCUUCCUCCUGUGGAAUCUAAGCCUUGUGACCUCUCCGAUCCAGAAUCCAGGGCAGAGCAGUCUGCCAGGAAGAGAAGUAGGUUCGAUAAGCUGGAAGAAUUCUGCAACUUGAUAGGAGAGGAUUGUCUGGGCCUCUUUAUCAUCUUUGGUGUGCCAGGAAAGCCUAAAGACAUCAGAGGCGUUGUCUUGGACAGUGUCAAACGUGAGACAGUGAGGAGCCAUCUGCCAGGAGGGAAGGCUGUGGCACGAUUUGUCCUGGAAACUGAGGAUUGUGUCCCCAUCAGAGAGCUGCUUGGAAACUGUCUGAGUAAGAAAGAUGAGCUGCGAGAGGUGGGCAAGGUUUAUAUUAGCAUCCUCUGAACUGGAUAUGUGUGAUGAGACUGCCCUGUGAGAUGAAAACAAAAAAAAUCCUUUAUUCUAAUAAGCAAGUUCAUCCACUUGCAUCAUCCCAGCAUGGGAUUCCCCUCUCCUGCCUCCC